GUGUUCAAGGGCCUCGCCAUGGGCACCAUCAUCGUGGCCGCCGUGCUGGGCAACGCCCUCGUCAUCAUCAGCGUCGUCCGCCACCGCAAACUGCGCAUCAUCACCAACUACUACGUGGUGUCGCUCGCCAUGGCAGACAUGCUGGUGGCGCUCUGCGCCAUGACCUUCAACGCGAGCGUCGAGCUGACGGGCGGCACGUGGCUGUUCGGGUACUUCAUGUGCGAUGUGUGGAACUCCCUGGACGUGUACUUCUCGACGGCGUCCAUCCUGCACCUGUGCUGCAUCAGCGUGGACCGCUACUACGCCAUCGUGCGACCGCUGGAGUACCCGAUCACGAUGACGCACCGCACGGUGUCCUUCAUGCUGGUGUGGGUGUGGCUGCUGCCGGCGCUGAUAUCCUUCACGCCCAUCUUCCUGGGCUGGUACACCACGGAGGACCACCAGCGCUUCAGGGAGGAGAACCCGGACGUGUGCGUGUUCGUCGUCAACAAGUACUACGCGAUGAUCUCCUCUGGGGUGUCGUUCUGGAUCCCCGGGGUGGUGAUGGUCACCAUGUACUACCGCAUCUACAAGGAGGCGGUGCGGCAGCGCGAGGCUCUGUCGCGCACCUCCAGCAACAUCCUGCUCAACAGCAUCCACCAGCACAGGACCAGCCAGAUGGGGCGGCACGGGCACCGGUACCUGCACCCCAGCGACGGCAGCGUCCAGCCUCCUGGUCGCCUCAGCGGCGAUAGCGUUGACAGCCGGCAGUCGUGCGAGUCGACGGGGCCCCGCACCAAGUUCGCGCUGCCGCCCGCCGAGCACAGGUUUGGAACACACAUGAAGAGCCAGUAA